AGUAGUCAUUAAACAGUGAUUAAUAUUAAUUAAUGUUUACCAACUUACUUGUCUCAAGUAACUAGGGCGUUACUACGUUUAGUUUCCAACUACUUAAUGAGGAUCUUGUCCUGCUUUCUUCCUAAGCACUUUAUGCAAGGAACAGCUCAGUUUCAACCACCAUUAAUUACCAGCGUCACCAAUAUAGUAAUUUUGAUGAGGGCUUUCUGUGAAAGGCAAAGUAUGCAGAAAUCUCCUGUUCAUCCAAAAUAUGAGAUGGGGUUUGAUGGCAGCAAUCGAUUUGAUCCUCAGAAUGACUUCUAUGAGUUUUUGGAAGAAGCAAAACACUAUGCAUUAGAAUCAGACUUUCAGACAUCAUCAACUUCCUAUCCAGAAGAAACUGGAGAAAGAAGAUCAGGGCAAGAGAAGAAGAAGAAGAAAUCAUGGAAGAAAUUACUAUUUCCAUGGUUGAAAGGCGAGAAGGUAAACAAAACUAGCACAAAAUCAGCAACCAAAUCUCAAGUAUCUGAUGCAAGACGGACUAACGUUUCUGGUCCGGUAUUUGGCACCGGCAAGGCUAUGGAUGGCAGGCUCCGGCACCCCUUAUCCGGGCCUAUUAACAGUCUGUUCAGACCAACAAUAAGAGCAGAUAGUGAGGUACCCUAUAAGUGUCUAGACAAGUCCGGCAGCCCUCAAGUUGUUCAAACAUAUGGCCCUGUUUAUCUAGUGAGAUAAAGUAUCAUGAAGAAGUUGUCAAUAGGGAAUUGAAUCUCAAGUUUUCUGCAUCUUGGUGGAUGUUGACCUGAUGUAGCAAGUUUUUGGUGACAAAGGAGAAGAAAGUUUGAUAUAGCAUUUUGCUAAAGUGCAAUGAACUUCUGAAUUGUGCAUGCAUGUGCUGCGAUGGGGAAUGCAGUAGGAGAUUUGAGCUAUCUUAGUUGCGUAUUUGAAUUAUCCAAAGCAUGCAAUAGGCUAGAGAGAGAUUGUACCCAAGUGUUUUGUUCUUGUGUUUCAUUGUGUGAUUGCUAGAAAACAGAACUUGAUAUCCUCAGCAAAGUCAGUUUAGAUUUUGAUC